UACCGCUUACGUGGCGUCGACUCCAACCACGUGCGCAUUUCACCGGCGUACGUAGGCUAUCGUCUCUCUCUCUCUCUCUCUCUGUGCAACGCCUGCCAUUCCAUUCUCUCCGUUUAAACCUCAGAUUCUCAGAUUCUCCCAAUCCAAUCACGCUUUCAAAUUCUAGAGAGAUCUAAACCCUAAUUUCAGCCCCCAAAUUUUACAGUUCCUGUGAGCUCUGUCACUCAAAAACCCUAAAUCCACUGUUUCGAACAUCAAUUUUAGCUUGGAUUAAGAGGGUGUGAGCGACCAGAGAGAAGGGAAAAGGUUGUAUUCUGCGACGAAUGUCGGUGGAGAGGUCGUUCGAGGCAUGGGAGGAGGUGCAGCGGCACGGUCAGGACUUGGCGGACCGGCUCGCGCAGGGAUUCACGGGCUUGAUCCAGUCUCACAUGAGCCCUCCCUCGUUUCCGUGGCCCAAUCCCCAGAACUCGAAGCUCUUCGACCUCGAAUUCCCGAGUCAGAGUUUCGGGAGAAGAGAUUUCGGAUUGGUGGCCGAUAGCUCGGGGAUUAAUGGAGUAUCAGCGAUUAUAGAUAUCGGGAAUAGGAUAGGGCAGGCCGGGGCGGACUUCGGGGCGGGCUUGAAUGGGUUAGUUCAGCAGCUUUUCAGGAGGCUUCCGGUGCCGUUUCGGACAGAGGAGAACGCAGUGGCGGUGAUGCAGGUGGAUGUGGAGGGGAGUAGGCUGAGGAGUGAUGUGGGUGUGACUGGGCAAGGGGAUUUUGGGUUGUUAUCGGCGCGGCUGAGGGACUUGGGAUUUGCGGAGAAUGAUAGUAGUGCUGAUGGGUCGCUGGAUGAUGAAGUUGCCGGGUUUAAUCUGAGGACGGCAGGACUUCUGGGUAGACCGCAGGGGAUCAUUAAUAUUACAUCAACCUAUGACAGCAGAACACAUGACGUAGAAAGUUCUUUGGUUGCAAGGGGAGAUUUAUGGAGAGUAGAGGCGUCACAGGGCAGCUCUACAUCUGGAAAUGAGAGUUCAUCUCUCUUCCUUGUCCAACUUGGUCCAGUACUCUUUGUUCGUGAUACAACGCUUCUUUUGCCGGUCCAUUUGUCAAAGCAGCAUUUACUUUGGUAUGGCUACGAUAGGAAGAACGGAAUGCACUCACUUUGUCCAGCUGUGUGGUCAAAGCAUAGAAGGUGGCUGUUAAUGUCAAUGCUCUGCCUCAAUCCCUUAGCUUGUUCAUUUGUAGAUUUACAGUUUCCAAAUGGGCAAUUGACCUAUGUAUCUGGUGAGGGGCUUACUACAAGUGCUUUCCUACCUAUUUGUGGGGGCCUUCUACAAGCUCAGGGUCAAUAUCCAGGAGAAAUGAGAUUCAGCUUUUCUUGCAAGAAUAAGUGGGGAACACGCAUCACACCGAUGGUUCAAUGGCCUGACAAGUCAUUUACAUUUGGUCUUGCACAAGCCUUGGCUUGGCAGAGAUCUGGUCUCAUGGUGAGGCCAACCAUCCAAUUCAGUUUAUGCCCCACUUUUGGUGGAACCAGUCCUGGGUUGCGGGCGGAACUUAUUCAUUCGGUGAAGGAGCAACUGAGUCUGAUAUUUGGAUGUGCAUUCGUGACACAUCCUUCUGCAUUUGCGUCCAUCUCUCUUGGUAGGUCAAAGUGGAAUGGAAAUGUUGGGAAUUCUGGGAUAGUUGUGAGAGUUGAUACUCCUCUUUCCAGUGUUGGUCGACCUUCCUUCUCUGUUCAGAUAAAUUGUGGCAUUGAAUUUUAAUUGUUUGACCCGCUGCAUAAUUUGCAAUCGAAGUGUAUAUAAGUCAUUAGUCUCAAGCUCGAAAAACAUAUAAUACCACAUGUGAAUAUUUGAAUGUCUGUUUAGGUCAGUCAAUUACAUCGAUUCCUUUUGUUUGCUGUGUUCGGAACUCUUUAAUAUGUAUGUUUGUCUUUUGUAGUUUAUUUCAUUUGGCUUGAA